CAUUGUCAUAAUUCCAAAAACUCUAUCACGAAGUCAGAUCAUUAACACAACACUACUGCUCCCGCAUGGUUAUUACUGGCCCUGAAGUCAGAGGGCACUCUUUACGUCAGUCAUUGCAUCAGAUCAUGCCGAAUCAUGCUGAGUUUACAGCAGAUUGACAAUGAGGAAGUCCUUCCUGUAAUGACAUGCAGAAUCAUGCCAGCCAGAUGUAAAUAAUCUGCAUUCUUUAUUACCAUAUAUACCCUAAGCAGCCAACCUCCAGAACAACGAGCCUACAAUCGACUUCCUAUGUAUUCCUGCAGAUCACUGGUUUCUCAACAAGCACGCAAAUCAAUAGGCGGUUUAUUUGUUAACAAACGCUUCUUUCCACAUUCCAUUGCCAGCAAAGCACGCACAAUGGCUCUUUUCCCUCGCAGCCUUUACAAUUCUGAAUCUCCCUUUAACCCAAUCUUCCGACUCCUCGAAGAUUACGACACGUACUCCCGAAGAGAUCAGAAUACCCAUCACGCUGGAAUGAUCCACUGGCAGCCCAAGUUUGAUAUCUGCGAGACGCCUCAGGCUUACGAGCUCCAUGGGGAGCUUGCUGGUAUGAAAAAGAAGGAGGUACACCUCGAGUUUACUGAGCCGCAAACAAUGGUCAUUCGUGGAAAGUCCGAGCGAAACUACACCUCGGGAAACCCUCCUGCGGGGUUUGUCGAAGGCCCAUCUGCGCAUGGAGCUCUUAAAGGCGAAGGAGCCGAGCAGAGCAAACCCCAGCCUCAACAGCCACAUAAGGACGACAAACAUGACGAAAAGACCAAAUACUGGCUUGCUGAGCGCAGCAUCGGCGAGUUCUCCCGCACCUUCACCUUCCCAUCUCAUAUAGAUCAGGAUGGUGUCAGUGCUAGCUUUGAAGACGGGAUUCUGACUAUCAUUGUCCCAAAGGUCAAGAAGCACGAAUCUCGUCGCAUCCAUAUCGAUUGAGUCAAACCGCGAGGCCAUCGAGUAUGGCGGCGUGCUUGAACUUUAACUAAUUUCGUCUUGUAUUAUCAUUCUGACUUUCUUAGGAGGCUUAUUUGGAUGUCUAUAACAUAAUUCGGUCCUUUAUCUCCUUGAUGUCUUGAAAAUACACAAUCUCUUCAGUUUUUGAGUAAUUCUAUAAGAUUACCCUGUUUACAACGGCUUCUAGGCCCCUAAGAACGUGUUAUGUGUAGUCCAGAUUAGUAUUUACAAGUUUUACAAUACCAUAGCUAGCGCCCGCAGCAAUAGCCCCUACAAGAAGCGUUUCUAGUGAC